CUGGUGCUGUCUGUCAUUAGUAAAUGCAAUUACCCUCUGACAUAACAGAGAUUUAAAUGAUGUAGAAUUGGCAGAGGCAAAAGUGAUUUGUAAGAAUGGCUUUGCUUUGUCUGCAGCUUAUCUCCAGGACUAGAUAGCGAGCAGGGCUAAGAGAUGCAGUGGAAACGCUCACACUGCCAGUGAAACAGCAAGGCAGCUGCAAACCGUCUCGCUGCAGUAGAGCUGAAAGGGAGAUGAGGUCAGGAUGAAGCUGCUGGCCGCUGUGGUGCUGGUUGCAGGCCUGGCUGGCGUCGCUGCUUGGGGAGGUGAGGCCUUCGCAAGGGAUGAACACAUGGGCACCUGCGUCUUUGAGAAGCUGACUGGCCAGGACUACAAGUUCUGCAGAGGGGACUUGGAGGUUUUCUACCCAGAACUGGGAGACGUUGGCUGCACAUACAUCCCCAAGUGCAAUCAGUACCGGAAACGGAUCAGCAAGGAGUGGCGCAGCCCAAAGAUUGCGUAUCCACAGGCUGACAAGAAUAAGAAGUAUGUGCUGAUCAUGGUGGAUCCAGAUGCCCCGAACAGAGCUAAUCCAAAGUACCGUUUCUGGAGACACUGGGUUGUCAUUGACAUCAAAGGCACAGACCUGCGGGCUGGAAAACUGAAAGGCCACGUGCUAACAGACUACGGCCGCCCCACACCUCCAUCCCAGAGCGGGUAUCAUCGCUACCAGUUCCGUCUGUACGAGCAGCCGGCUCACGAGGCCAUAUCUCUAAGUCCAGAGGAAGAGGCAUCUUUGGGUUCCUGGCCAAUGGAGCGUUUCGUUGAGCAGUUUCGGCUUGGAUCCCCUGUGGCUUCGACCCAGUUCCUCACUCAACAUCACAGUGACUAGAGGCGGCGGCGCCGUCUGAGGCCAGCCCCAGAACUUCCCCUCAGAUGAGCAUCGCUCCUCUUGGCUUUGCGUUGUUUGCAUUUCCCCGUCGGAUCACGAGGCUCUGCAAAUGUCGCACUCAGCCUCUGCCCUCUAGAAAGUGAAUUGCUACAAAUGCUUAUGCCCAUUCCGUUAUUUCCUCAUCUGCUUCCAUUCAGUACCCUGGUCACUGCUAGGGCCAGCCCGGCACCAUCCACUGGAGCAAGUCAUAGUUCCACCAGUCUGCACAGUGCUCAGCUUUUGACCCUGGUCAACGCCACCAUAGAGAAUCAGCCCCCCACACACACCCUUUCACCUGCCUGCACUGCAGCUAGAGCCCUGCUGUUUUUUCUAGCCCCCCUGCAGAGGUGACAUGUGGUAUUUUGCACUUCCGGAAGCUGUCUUGGAGCCUGAUUUAUCCCUCCAGUGAUGCAGGUGCCAGCACAGGGCCCUGAGGAAGCUGCUUUCGCCUUCCCUAUUCAGGGGCUGCAGGGGCCAGUGCAACCUUGGGCUCGAGGGUAUUGCCUGGGGAGUGAUGCCUGCCCUCUCGCCCCUUUGCACCAGCCUUGCCUUCGACAUGCUAAGACUGUCCUCACCCAUGUAGCUAGAAACCCACCCCAAAAAUCCAGCUGGGAUUUUCUCAGCUAGGGUAUGUCCCUCUGGUUUCAGCCUGGUGUAAAGUUCCACAGUUGGCUUGCACAGCAGCAGCCGCCAAAGCUGCCAUUCUGGCAGUGCCGCAGGUAUUAGGGAGAGAUGCUGAGUCUCUUGAAGAGACCAAUGGCCUUCAGUCUGGUCCCUCGGUGGCAGUGAGCAGAGAGAGGGUCAUCAGCUUGGAGAACCAGAUUCUGAUCUCACUUGCAGCCAUCUAAGGCAGGAGUGGACCCAGUCAAACCAAUGGAAUUACACCAGUGUGAGUGAGAGCAGAAUCGAGCACAGCCCCCCAGUGCCGCCCAGAGGAUUCAGGG